AUGGCCGCGGACCUCUCAGACCCAGCGAUUGUCGCGGCUAUCGAGGCCAUCUCGGACCCCGUCUCUCCUGUCUCGAUUAUCGCUCUCACCUACCAUCCGACGCAAGAGAAGACCCUGUCCUUGGUCUCGACAGCGUUCGACCCAUGGGUGCCGCACUGGCAAGAGACGAUAAACGUGCAUAAGGCGGAACCGCUCUUUGGGUAUGGUAUCGUCGCGAAGGGAAGGCCGCUACGGGAAGGCGGUGAGAAAGGGGUGGUGCUAGUCUACCUGCCAGAGGAGGUCACCGGAGUACGACGAGCUCGAGCUGUGGUGCAUUCCAGGGCUCUGGCCAACAAGUUCCCCGACUACUCUGCGAUCAUCACCAUCUCACACCCCUCACAAAUCACCGAAGAGUUCGUCCGAGACCAAGUGAACUACUAUAAUCAGCCCGUUCCCACUCCCACAUCGAGCCCUAUCAAACCCCGUACGCCCGCACAAAUGGGUAUCGGGCUCGGACUAGGUCGGCCGUCCGGCUCGACUGACGAGUCUUCCCGCGCCGCCUCGCCCUCGAUUCGCGGUAUCCAGCCGUCCUCGUCUUCCGCUCGGUCGAUGGACCGGCCCCUCCCCGCUCCGCCGGCUCAGCCGCUGGACCUCCCGGACAAUCCUAGGCUGAGCACACCGACCCCGCCAAGAUCAUCCAGUCCUACUGGACAGCGGUACGCGUCCGGACCUGUGGAGCAUCAGCACAGCCGGAAAGAGUCGCUCUCUUCCCGCUUCACGAAGGCUUUGCCGUCAUUUACCAAGUCGCACAAGGACAAGCCGGAGCAAGGGAGCGGAGGGGACUCGCCAAAGUCCCCUUCGAGAUUUGACGCGCUUACGUCGGGCUUCGGAAGGGGAGAUAAUAGGCGGGACGGGGAGCAGCAACAUUCCCCCAGAAUGGCGUCUGGAGAUGGGAGAUUCGGGCACGGUCGGGAGGCGGAAGCGGUGCACUCUGCGCACGGGCAAACGGCGCCGUCGGAGCAAGCAGGCGAUGGGGUGGACAAUGGAGGGUCGAUUCUUUCAGGUUCGGUCCAGCAGCCUCUAGCGUCGGGACCACACAGCCGAGGUGUUCACUUCGAAUCAUCCGACCCUACUCCCGCUUCAUCCAGCGAGUGGCAAGUACCGGAUGCCAAUGCGAUCCAGGGGCCUCCGCGACUGCAGAGUCUGCCCGAGGUGACCCAAGCGCCACCGACCGGCUCGAUGGCGGCGGAGUCACUUCCGCCUCCCCCUCCACCGAAAGCCCUUCCCACUGUCCCCUCUCCUCAAGGCGCGGGAUCGACCUCACCCGUCGCUCCCACUCUCAACCGCCUACAUACCCUCGGCGCGAUCAUCCCCUACUCCGAAACCGAGUCGUCUUCACAACACCUUCACCCCAACCCCACCGCCGCCGCCGUCGAUCCCAGAUCCGCAGCUGUAGGCGUAACCUUCCCUAGCUCCCCGACUGGCGCGGCGGCGCUCUCUACGGCACGCGCAAAGCAGCUCGAUGCGGAGACGAGGAUGCACGACGAGUUCCGUCGGACGGAGGAGGAGCGGACCCGCAUACGUGUCAAUUCGGGGAAUCGGAAUGCGGGCAUUGUGAGGACUCCGACGCCCAUGCAGCGACGAGAAGAGGGGGAGGACGAUGAUGAGGAGGGUCUGCCGUAUGAUCGCCCGGACAAGGACGAGAUGGCAGAGGAGACCAGAGGGUCUGGCGGGUAUGCCCAGGAUUCAUCGAGGUAUAGCGGACCGCCGCCCGACUACCACCACCAGUCGCAUCAUGCCAACUCAGCCGGCGCGCAUGAGAUGCCUGUGCCCACUGUGUUGGUCGGAGAGGCGUCGAGACCCCUUCCUGCACCACCGCAGAAUGAUGCUAGUCUCGAGGAGCGUCAUGCGGAAGCGCGCAAUGCCGACGAGCAGCGUGCUCGAGCGGCAACCGAGGAGCAAGAGCGGGCAGCAGCUGAGGCCGAUUACAACAGGCGGGAACAAGAGGCUCGCCGAGCUGCAUUGGAGGCGGAUGAACGAGAGCGGGAGGAGCGGCGGCAGUUCGAUCUGCUCCGAGCGCGAGAGAAGGAAGAGCGGGAGCGCAGGGAGAGGGAGGCGGAAGAUGAGCGGCUGCGAGCAGAAGAAGAGGAAGCCAGGCGCAUCAAGAUUGAGCAAGAACGGGCGGCGGUUGCUGUGCAGGAAGCAGAAGCAGAGCAGGCGAAAGAAAGGGCGAGAAUACAAGCCGAGGCGGAAGCGCAGGCAGAGGCGAUGCAGGCUGAGCGGGAGAGGGUGCGCCGAGUGAGCGAUAAUAGGGAGAAACUCGUCAAGGGGAAGACAGGCGGAGGCGUCAUGCUGACUGGGCACGUCACAGUACAGACUACGAAAUCUGUCACCUGGCGGAGACGGCAUUUCCAGCUCUUCCCGACGGAGCUGAGGCUGUUCAAAUCAGAUACCGACACCACGCCCAUCCAGAUCAUCUCCCUUGCGGCCGGUACCAAAGUGUCGCAGACAUACGAAGAAAGUCAAGUCCAGGGGAGCUUCAAGAUUCUCUCUGCGGGCAAUGACGGAACGGGCGAGGACUUCUUUCUCUUCUCGGACUCGGUGGAAGACAAGGAGAUACUAUUGGAAGGGCUCAAUAUUGCACUAGGACAGUGA